GCGAGCUUGUGCGUCAGUCUCUCUGAGCCUCUGAUCGUGAUUCUGACCCUUCUGCAGACCACUAUCAAAGUAUCAAACCAUCAAGACCGUGCACUGAUAUUACACCAACGACAUGUCGACGUCUACAGUAACUACCCAGGAGACACAGCGGUCUUUUCUCCUGGCCGGCGAGGAGCAGAUCAAGUCAGCGGCCAACGACACUCAAUUCCAGUCCGUUGCUCGUGGUAAUCGCAAUGGCACCUUGAAACUACGCGGUAUUCCUACCUUCACAGACCCGCUGGAGAAGCGCAAAUGGAUGAAGGAGCAUAUGGCCGCUGCAUUCCGGUACUUCGGCAAGAUGGGAUAUGCCGAGGGUGUGUCUGGACACAUCUCUAUGCGAGACCCUGUUCUGAAGGAUCACUUCUGGAUGAACCCCUUUGCUAAGCACUUUUCGACCAUCAAGGCUUCUGACUUGGUCCUGGUUGAUAGUGAUGGUUACGUUACCGAGGGAGGUGCUCAAUUGCCUAUCAACGAGGCUGGCUUCAUGAUCCAUUCUGAGAUCCACAAGGCUCGUCCGGAUGUCAUUGCCGCAGCGCAUACUCAUGGCGUUUAUGGCAAAACAUGGAGUGCCUUUGGCAAGCCAAUUGAGAUGCUGACACAAGAUGCAUGCAACUUUUACGGCCGUCUAGGUGUAUAUGAUGACCACGGCGGUGUUGCUCUCUCCAAUGAAGAGGGUAAGCAGAUUGCGGAGGCCCUCGGCAAGGAUAACAUUGCAUGCAUUCUGCGGAACCACGGUCUUCUUACUGUCGGGCGAACGGUUGACGAGGCCGCCAUUCUCUAUUCCAUGCUGGAUAACGCUUGCCAUUCCCAGCUUCUGGCCGAGGCUGCUGCUGCCAAUGGCAUUUCUAAGCGUCUAAUUAAUGACGAGGUGGCCCAAUACACUGCCGAUUUUGCUCAGAACCCCCACAACUUGUAUACCGAGUUCCAGCCUGAAUUUGACCUGGUAGUAGAGGAGAGCAACGGAAGAGUUUUUCUAUGAGAGGUGCCAGGGGUCCGUCCUCCCAGCAAAUUAUAUACUCUUUGCUGUCUGAUACAGACAGGAGUGUUCAACUGUAAAGCCCGUUUAACGUUAGAAAUUGAUAAAUUACUUAGUUGCCAUU